AUGAGCUACUUUCCAAAAUCUGAAUCUGCAACCUCUCUGCUGAAAUCUACCGCGGUUAGCAGGAGACCGACACACCUCCUUGACUGCACAACAGAACCCCGGCAUCACCAUCACCAUCGUCCCGCAGCUACUCACGUGGCUAGUACUGCAGAGGAUUCUUUCUGGUCAGCCGAAUGCGACGUUAGCGCAAGAAGACCCCUGUGUCAUCCAUCCCUUCUCGGUAACCGGAACAGUGCAACAUCCUGGGGUAAAAGCCGGUCUCAUGCACCUGAUGUCUCUGUGUCACACUCAAAGGAUGACUCUCCUGAGCAACCAACUGUGAGCCAAAGAUCAAGAGAACGCUCUAAAUCUUCCCAAAACUCACACCGACAUCACAGAAGAAAAUCGACUCGGGACGGGCCCGCACCUGGACACCAUUCCGCUCAUCUACCUCCCAGAACACCGUCAUUCUCUGACUGCAACGACGACACAGCGCCCUUCUUUGAACCGAGGGACCACAGGGCCAUUUUGACUGGCGGAGAUGCCAACAUCCCAUCUUCAGCAUCGUCAUCCCCGGUCCCAUUGUCCAGCAAAUCUUCGUGCCGUUCCCGGAGGUCCAGUGCAGCAUCCUCAGCAUCUGAUUUUAAUCUGCGCCCAAUUCUCAACUCGGUCUAUGGCCAGGAUAGAGAGCUUAGACCUGAGGAGAUAGAAGAGUUGCGCGAGGCGUUUCAGGAGUUUGAUAAGGACAAAGAUGGUUUCAUUGGAUGCAAAGACCUUGGGAAUUGUAUGAGAACCAUGGGAUAUAUGCCCACUGAGAUGGAGUUGAUAGAGCUGAGCCAACAGAUCAACAUGAACUUGGGGGGACAUGUUGAUUUCGAGGACUUUGUGGAGUUAAUGGGUCCAAAACUUCUUGCUGAAACUGCAGACAUGAUUGGUGUGAAAGAACUGAAGGAUGCAUUUAAAGAGUUUGACACCAAUGGGGAUGGAGCCAUUAGCACAGCAGAGCUCAGAGAGGCUAUGAAGAAGCUGCUAGGCCAACAGGUUGGUAACAAGGAUUUGGAGGAUAUCCUUAGGGAUAUUGAUUUGAAUGGGGAUGGGCAUGUUGACUUUGAAGAGUUUGUCCGAAUGAUGUCUCGCUGAGAGGGAGUGGGUGGUAUACACAACCUCAAGUUAUUCAUAUUGAAUGUAAACUUCCACGCUUCUGUCAUCAUCAACUGAGCCAAAAAGAGACACGCUUAAAAGUCUGAGCCAUCUUUACCUGAGAAAUACUGGAAUCGCAGUCUUUACCUCUCUGGACACACUGACCCACGAACCCACAGUACCAUUGAGGCAGAAUCUACUGUAGCAGAUUGACCCAGCUAUGGGAUCUGCACUU